CCCAGAGGUCAGGUUUGCAAGGAAGCUUCAUGUGUGAGCUGCCCACUUUAAGAUGGAGGGCAAAGAUCGGAGUAUUUUCCUUCCAAUAUGUUAAUGGCUAGUUUUAGUUACACAAUUAUGAACCCGAAACGAUGUUUCCAAACCUUGGAGUGUCCGUAGCUUCGAUUGAGUCGUCCCUCGAUUAUGUCUACAACGCCGAAAUCAGAAAAACAUGUACCAAGCGAAGGAGGACGAGGAGGCCGGCUGGCAAGGCGGGCGAGGUCGUUCAAGGAAGACUUCCUGGACAUCCUCUCCCAGAUGAGGUCCCCAGGUGGGGGCGGUUCCCCCAAACCCCCCCGCUCUCCCAAGCCGAGGACGGCCAGCAGCAGCGAUGUUCCCGAAGAGAGGAGUCCACUCGCCGAUCUAGACCUUCAUGUUAAACAGGUACAGCUCGCUCUCAAACACUUCAGGGACGUUGUAUCGAAGAAUAAACUAGAAGUUUUGCCCGGUAACGGGACGAUUGUCUUAGAAAGUAUAGCUACCAUACAAAGUGUUCUUAAGACUUACGUUUUUAUUGACCAGAGUACCGCACUAACCACUGCUACAAAAGAAGUAUACCAAAGUUUAAUGAAACUCAUCAUGUUGUGUGAUGAUGUUCUGAUUGGCGGUGAGAAAGUACUCAAUAAAGACAACGUCCAUAAAGUUUUAAAGCAAGUCGAUGAAGCGGUCAUUGAGCUGGUAACAAAGGUGAGGGCGAAGAUAGCUGACCAGAAAAGCCUCGCAGAAAAGUCAGUGUUCUCAACGGAUAACUCUGUGUUCGGAAAGUUUUCAGUUGAUCCUCCUCUGCGGAAUUCCCUACCAGAUAUCCCACUCACACCCCGAGAGAGACAAAUCCUCGAAAAGAGCUCGAGGGCUCAAGUCGCCUACAGCUCGGAAUCAAUUACGGACACUCCACCACCCAAACCUCCUUUACCAAUAACGAAAGUCUGGAUCGGAGAUUCUCCCCCACCACUGCCACCGAAGAAGAAGUCCGGUGGAAGUGGUGUCGGCCCUCCUUCACACUCUAUGGAGAGGCUAUCGCUGAGGUCUGACAACUCCUCGCUGGGUUCAUUGGACUCAAUCCUCAACACUUCCAGUCGAGGGGAUGAAGAGAUUCAUGGCCUCAUGGAUGAAGAAAACUCCAUCACCCUCCCGGAUACUUCCUUGCUGCCUCAUGGAGGGAUGAGUUCUGUCGUCAACGGCAGCCAGACUAGCUCCUGCUGCUGGGACAGUUCUUGUAGCAAUACCUCCGAUCCUACUCAGCUGACAGAAUCCCCAGAUCCCACUCCAUCGUAUAAUAACAGCGUCGGUUUGGGCACGAUCGAUAGGACAUCAACUUCCUCAGGGUUUUUUUCUAUCCAACAAAGCUCAAGCCAGAGUUACAAUUACAGCAGCUCCACAAGUAAGUCGAGUACAGUUUGCUAUAAUUCAACUACGGAAGAACGGAAACUUCACACCACCAUGAGUAUGGAGCAGAGGUCUUCGCAGAUGUCCAUCGAACAGAGAUCGUCGCAGAUCAGCAUAGAGCAACGGUCUUCUUCUUCAUCUUCAUCACAGGUCUGUCUUGAGCAGAGGGUCUCGAGUCCAGGGGAAACUCCUCCGGCUCUGCCAGAAAAGAAGAGGUCUCGAAGGGAACGGCAGCCAUCUCAGUAUGACAACGUCCCUUCGACAAACAGUCCUACAGAUAGCAAACCACCACCUCUACCUCUGAAGAAAAAGCACAUCAUGGCCUACAUGGAGAUGUUCGGCAACUGCUCACAGCCGAAUGCCUCCGACCUCCUCAGGCAUUCUGUGCACACCUACUCGCUCCUCCAAGCAGAAUGGCAGCAACAACAGCAGCAGAUCUCGCUGACGUCUACCCACUCCUGUUCCUUCAGCCACACCCUCUCCAUCGCACAAGGGAACCAGCUGGAAGGUUCGUUUGAAACGGACGAUAUGAAAAGCCCCCCAGCUCUGCCACCGAAGAGAAGUCGCGUUAAGUCUGUUGUGACGCCGCCGCCGGAACCAGCACCUCCUGCAAGUCCUCCUCCUCCUCCGAGCCCGCAGCCAAUCGCGGCCUCCACCCCAGCUCCUUUUACGAAGGAAACCACAUUCAAUAACAAAGAACCAACCCCAAUGAUCGAGGGAGAAACUAUCGUGACCAAUGGUGACGUCGACUGCCUCUAUGAUCUUGAUGUGUCUCGGCUGCUGGUGCUGAAGAGGCCGGACGAGGAGGGUCCUAUGAUACGAGGAGGACAACCCGUUGCCCUUAUCAUUCAUGCAACGAAGGCGAGCAAGAACGAUUUUCUAUACCAAGAAGCUUUCCUCACCACCUACAGAACAUUCCUAUCACCGCAAGACCUGAUAGAAAAAUUAUGCGCUAGGCAUCAAAGGUUCAGCGGCAAUAUUGAUCCUGCGAAACAGAGAGCUGCGAGAGAAUCAUUUUCACUUCUUGUCAGGGUUGUUUCCGAUCUCACGGUUUCCGACCUGGAAGAUGCGUUGUUAAAAACUUUAAUGGAUUUCGUUUACCAUCUUCUUGAAAGCGGAGACCUGACAAUGGCUAAAGUGCUCAGGCUAAUCAUCCUCGACAAAUACAACAACAAACAGUUGUACUAUUCGAUGAACACCCUCCUUUCGUCGCAGAACAUCUACACCAGGCAAUCGUGCCUCAUCGAUUUCAAAUCAGAUCAUGUCGCUGAGCAGAUGACUCUCCUAGACUCGGAGCUUUUCAUGAAGAUCGAAAUUCCCGAAGUUCUCAUCUGGGCGCAGGAGCAGAAUGAGGAAAGGAGCCCGAACCUAACUCGUUUCACCGAGCAUUUUAACAAAAUGUCUUAUUGGGCCAGGUCAAGAAUAUUGGAACAGAACGAUGCCAAAGACAGAGAGCGGUACGUGGUGAAGUUCAUCAAAAUCAUGAAGCACCUGAGGAAGAUCAACAACUUCAAUUCGUAUCUCGCCCUCCUUUCGGCGUUGGACUCUGCCCCGAUCAGGCGGCUCGAAUGGCAGAAACAUAUCACGGAAGGGCUGAAGGAAUAUUGUGCUCUCAUAGACAGUUCUUCCAGUUUCCGUGCUUAUCGCCAGGCCCUAGCUGAAACUCAACCUCCCUGUAUACCGUACAUCGGGCUCGUCCUUCAGGACCUCACCUUCGUCCACAUAGGGAACAGCGACUACCUGUCAGAAAACGUCAUUAACUUUUCUAAGAGGUGGCAGCAGUUCAAUAUUGUUGAAAACAUGAAAAGGUUUAAGAAAGGGACGUACAGUUUCAAGAAGAAUGAAAGAAUUAUCGCUUUCUUCAACAACUUUGACGAUUGCCUUUGCGAAGAGGCGAUGUGGCAGAUAUCGGAGAGUAUCAAACCGAGGGGCUCGAAGAAGGUCAACCAAUAAGGGACAUUGACCCUUAGUUUUGAGAUAGUGAAGCAUAACCAUAUAAGCAAUAUUUUUCAGACUAGUUACUAAUUCUGCCUAUCUAUAUUAUUGUUUAUAAUUUACUUUGUAAAAAAAAAAAAUUAAUAUAAGUAAGAAAAUAUUUUAAAAAUGUUGCCUAAGCUUUAAACGAAAGCAUUUAAUUUUUCAACCUAUUCAGACAGUAGAAAUUUGCUAUAUCAUUCAAAUAAUCAUCAUCGUAAGACUAAACUAGAAAAAAAAAUAUGAAAAACAAAUAUUAAAUAUAUACAUUUCUAGGUGUGUACAUGUAUAUUAAUAUCAUCUGUUUAUUAAAUUUUAAAAUUAUAAUUUUUUGAAUUAAUAGAAAAAAUUAGCAUAUAUAUAUAUAUAUAAAUAUCAGAACGUCAGCAAUCUAUUAUAUUAAUGCCUUAAAGUAGCAAUUAUGUAGAGUGUUGGAUACACUGUCGCAACUUACAGGACCAAAAUUCAAAGAAAUUGAACAAAAAAAAAGUAUAUAUACAUGGGAUAAAAAUACAAAAAAAAAAUUUUAGUGGUCUUUUUAAAAAUACAAAAAUAAAAUUAAGAAAAGUGAGGACAUGAAACUUUUAAUGUAUAAAAAACCAAAUAAAAAAAAACAUUGUAAAUAAAUGUGAGUAUCAUUAAUAAUAAUACGGGUCCGAAAGUGUUUAGGGAUGGUUCUAACGAAUACAGGGGUUCGGUUAGGAACACAUUCCAGUUCCUAAAGUCUGUAAGGUUCAAUUUAUUCAAAACGAAAAAAAUAAUAAUUUUUCUGAACGAAAGUAUAUUGGAAUACAUAUGCUAUCUAAGUAAUUGUUAUAGAGUCUAGGAUAGUUUUACUAGUUAUCACCUAUUCUCCCUCUAUUCCUCCGCUGUCCGCCGUUUAACAUUCAGUUCCAAGAUGAGACGGGUCAAAUCUUAUUUGAAUCUCGAAUCCAAUAAGGUUCCAGCAAUAAAUAAGUGUCUAGAAUUCGGCUAGUUACGUUUUCAAAUUGUUAAGACAAUCUAAUAAAUAUAAUUCAAGGCUGUAUGUUGAAUAAGUAAUGUCUAAUACUGUUAAUAAAAAGUUGUUCGAUUCUUAAAUGUUCUUAAAAUGUAUAUUGUGAUAUUUUUUCAAGUCUUAAAAUACUCUUUAUCAAUAGAAAGAGACAUGAAUACCUCAAUAAGAUUUUAUUUUCUAAACUUAAAACAAUAAAGGGACAUCCUAAAAAAAAGGUAAAAAAUGUUUGUUUAUAAAAAUGUCUGUAUGCUUAAUAAGUUGUAAAUUGAAUCUCACCAUCAUUAUUAUAAGUUUGUUUUCUAAUUUCUUA